CGGGGGUAGUGAGUGUUGGGGGUCGGGAGUUACGCCUGGUCUAAUGCGUAUCUUUUUGUGCUUAUAUCUCAAGAACGCCAAAAUCUAAUCGAAUCUAGCCGGGAAAAAGGCCUUUCCAAUGAGCCCUUCCCCGAGGUCCUAGGAGGUUGGGUUGAGGACGGGAGUUACGGCCGUUUAAAGUCGGGGGUCCCGCGUUCCCGAGGCCUGCGGCCGAUGUGGCCGCUCAAGGGCCCAGAGGGGACCUUGUCAUCUGAGUUUGAGGUUGCGGCAACUUUCGGUUCCUGAGUUAGAAGCAAAUAUGUACCGGGAUUGUGACGUCAUUGGCGGCCGCCAUUUUAAAUCGCGCCUGGUGGUUUUUGGCUAAUAUCUCGGCGAAGAUUCAAUGAAAAUGCCUGAAAUUCAUAGUGUGGACAGAGUUCAUCUAGACAGUUCGAAUGAGCCUGGUGCUGGCUGGAUUGGUUGAGAUUUCAUUUAUAAACAUAGGAACAUUGUCAUUUUUCAUCAUUGUAACUGUUAUAACUUCUAUACCUGUUGCCUACCUAUCUCUGUAUUUGUCAUGCUUAUUUAGAACCAUAUGUGGCAUAUGCUCACUUAUUUUCAUGAAGUUCCGAGUUUUCGUUUACGAUUUAUAGGCUUUUGAGUAUAUUUUCUAAAUGACCCUGUUAUAGUGACCCAACUGAUAAAGUUCAACUUUUUUUGAUAAUUAUUGAUCUAGAGAGUCAAGAGAAUUGUCCUGCACUGGUUUCAUUCCAAUUGGGCGAAAAAUCUAGGACUAGUUCGCAAAAGUAGGUUUUUCACAUAAUCAUGAAUAUUUAAUGAAUGAUUUGAUUGACAGCAAUGGUUCUUGAGGCAAAGUUGUUCAGCAUGAGGAGAUCUAUCAAAUGAUAUGCAUAUUGUCGUAUGUGUGAAACGCCACAUGAUUACAGAGGCGUAAAACUCGUUAGCGCCAACUAGUGGCUGAUUUCUUUCAAAAUUCUUACAGACCUCUAGGACCAUGAGUCGAACAUGCCCACUGAGUUUCGUUCCGAUCGGCCUCAAUUAACCUUGUCUAAUAGGUGCUCAAACUUCAUUGGCCGAUGGCGGCCAUGUUUUUUGAGAUACGCCAAUGUCCUCAAAAAUGUCCUCAAAGUCCCCUUGGACCAAGACACUGCAUGCCAAAUUUCAAGUCGAUCGGACCAACGGUUGCGUAGUUACAGCUGUUUUCAGUUUUUUUCCAAGUUAUAGUGCCACCUAGUGUCCAAUCGAUGCGAUUUUGUUAUCGUGACUAAAGAAUGAGCCCAUACACAUGUGUACCGUGUUUGGUGCAAAUAUCUAAUUUCUUUCUCGAGUUAUAGCUAUUUUAGUAAAAGUGGCUCCGCCCACAUCGUGCAUUUUGGCGCCCCUUAGCGACCAAAAUUCAGAAUUUCACAUUUUACAUACACCUGUGGGAACUUUGCCUCAGUAUCAUAAAACACCACCGCACGGCAUUGAGAACAGUGUAGUUUUUACCGAGCAAACAGCAGAAUCAGCGACAAACAUCGAGAAAGACCGUGGCAGCUGUUCACAAACUCUGGCAGCUGCUAGUCUGUCCCAGAAGUGGUGCUGCGACCUGGCUGCCGCUGCCAAGAUUUGAGCUUGCUCUCUCCCACUUUCCUUGAAAGGGACUUUGCUGGAAGGUUUCGGGUUACGGCUGCAUCAAGAUCACCAGAGUACAGCAAGUUUGCUCUCCUUCGACAUUGUUAUUGCUGCAAGGAAGUUUUCUGCAGGGGAAAAUUCGGAUUUUUGUUGCUGUGUGAAACCGUGGAUGCUUGGUAGCAAAGGAUGGACAGAGCUUAGAGUGUUUUCAUACUUCACAAGAGUAUGGCAACAAGCCAACAGACAGAACUUCCUCUUCGAGUCAAUGACUGGACGAGAGAGCAAGUUUAUUACUGGAUGACUGAGCUGAUUAAAGUGGAUAAAAAAUAUGCAGACAAACUGUAUGAGGAAGAAGUAUCAGGGGAAGAACUAGUCUGUUACGAGCUCAGACAUCUGCAGGAGCUUGGUAUUAAGCAUGGACCAGCUGUUAAGAUUAUCACCACCUUAGAGAAGUUAAAAAUGAAAGAACAAGAGGCCAGGCUAGACACAACCAUGGAAAACAAAGACAGAGUUUCAACACUCCAAACUAAAAUAUCUAAAAAUACUAAGGAAUCCAAGAGAAAACCAAAAACUGAAUUUAAAAUGACUAAUUCCAUGGAAACAAUAACAGAGUUUGGAAAAGAUUCAAUGGAUAACAUCUUUCAAAGUGGCAAUCCAAAAGAAGACUCACAACCAAGUGACCCCUCAAGCGCUUCCCCUUCACAAAAUAGAGAUGUUCCACUUUCAGGAACAUCUGUCUGUACAUCUUCCAAAGAAACUGAACCAACAGAGUCAACUGACCCUAAAACAUCAGACAUUAAUGCUUAUGAAGUUGCUGAAAAGGAUAAGCAGAUGAGGAAGUAUGCAUCCUUGCAACACUCUUGUAGUCUCUAUCCAUUUGAUCAGAACUCUGCUUCUCACCGAUACAUUAAAAACUACACUUUACCACCAGAGACGGGACCAGGUAAUCUGAUCGAUCCAGUUCAUGAGUACAAGUUUAUGGGCAGAACAGAUGAUAUGAAUGUGAUAAAGAAGAAGUUCAAUAAAGAGGUGUUCCGGUUUGCUGCUGGGUGUAUGAACAGUCGCACAAAUGGAACCAUCCACUUUGGUGUAGCAGACUCCAAAGACUCUCAAUACGCUCAUGCUGAGAUUAUUGGGGUCAGUGUUGACAAGAAGGACACUAUCAUUGAUCAUUUUAAUCAGGGCAUUAAACCAUACUUUGAAGAACACACAGAUGAAGCAAAGGCAUGCAUCAGGCAGCCACGCUUUGUAGAAGUGCUCUGCUCUGACAGCACCCUGUCUGGCAAGUAUGUCAUAGAGGUGGAUGUUGUUCCAUCCCACAGCAUAGUUCAAGGUAAGCUGUUUAAAAUCCAGACUCUGGAUGAGGACAAUCAAUGGAAAAAGAGCAAGGGAAAAUCACUCUUUAUCAGAGAUGGAGCUGCAACCCGAGAUAUCUAUAAAAUUAGUAAUCCAAAAGACUUGCAUGAUGAACUGACUCGAAUAAAUGAGCAAAUAAAUGUUCUGGAUGACAGGAGGAAGGAGGCAGAAAAGAGGCAGGAGAGCAAAGGCAUGUCAAACCAGGGGGAAAAGCUGAAGAAUCUACUGACAUGUGGAGGAAGCAGACUGGAUCAUUAUGAUUACUUCAUCAUUGUAGCAAACAAAAGCCAUCCUGAACAACUCCAGCAUCUUCAGUUCAUGACAACAUUGAAACUGUUCUGUGUGUUGGACUUUGAUCCAAACUCUGUAGUAAAUGGUUCCUGCCACAGAUACAGAGAUGUUCGAAUUGCAAAUCUUCACAAACCAAGCCAGUUCCAUGGGGACCCAGGAACAAUUGUGAAAAAUCUCAAUUUGUACAAACAAACAAGUUGGGUAUUUUGCAAUGGCAGAAAAGACCUGAACACGGAAACUGAUGGACCACUCCGACCAAGUGAAUGGUUAAAGCAUAGAGCAGGAGAAGUACAGGACAUGAUCUCGUUCAUCUGCAACCCAGACACUCUUCCAAGAGGACGAUUCUUAGUCAUAUUUCUCCUACUCUCCACUGUUGAGGCCAUGAAUGAUCCAAUCUUUGAUACUUUCAUGUCAUUUUAUAAAAACCUUGUGGGUUCAGAAAACACAUUAAGUAUUUGCACUUCAGAUGCUUCCUUUCAAAAAUGGAGGGAUUACAUUCAAACUAGAUGUGAACAAGACAUCAGUCAGCAGAGUAUAUAUGACUUAGAGCUCAGUGAAAUCAAUGGGACAAUACUGAAACUGGGACAGAACAAGCAAAAUGCUCAGAGACUUCUUCCAUCUGCUGAAGGAAGUUCAGUGAUUCUCCAAAAUAAAGAUGAGGACCUGAUGAUGUCACUCGAUAUCCUGUGUGAAAAUGAAUGUGAAAAUGAAUUUGAUGAGAGCUCUGCAGAAUUUGAAGAGUUCAAAAUUAAAACUGAAUCUGAGUUCUAUAGAGGAGGCAAAGUGAAAUGGUGGAACUUCUAUUUCUCAGAGCAACCUGCAGCAAAGCCAUUCAUAAAACGAGAAAAACACUCAAAACUAGAGCACAGUAUCAGAUCUCAGAUCAAAGAUCCCAAAAGUACUUGUGUCAUGCUGAAUCUGUUUCAUCACCCAGGGUGUGGCGGCACCACCAUGGCCAUGCAUGUGAUGUGGAAUCUGCGAAAAGAAUUCAGAUGUGCAGUGUUAAAAGACAACAUUGUUUCAAAGGAAGAAGUAGCCCAACAUGUUGCUCAUCUGAUAGUGUGUGGAAAAAGUGAGCAUUCAUUAAAAACUCCAGUACUGCUACUAGUGGAAGACUCAGAAGAAACAGAAAACACACUAGAACUCCAGCAUUCCUUAAGACAAUUCACAAGAGAAAUGGGGGCAUUCGUCAUCAUCUUAAACUGCAUACGUACAAAAACUCCAAAAGACAGACAUAAGAAAAGUGUUGUUCAGAGUGAGUUCAUUACAGCAGAACUAUCUGACAAGGAAAAACUUGCUUUUGAAAUGAAGCUUAAAGAACUUCAAGAAAUUAAGUCUUUCACAACUGAAAACUUCUACAGUUUUAUGAUCAUGAAAACUAAUUUCGACCCAGUAUAUGUUGAAAAUGUUGCAACUAACAUACUAAAAGAUUUCAGAGUUGAAAGCAAACAAGCACGGCUCUUCUGCAUACUGGCUUUGCUGAAUUCAUAUGUGGCUGAACCAGCCGUCUCAAGAUCCUUAUGUGAAGAUUUUCUUGGCAUUAAAUGGGCAUUUUGGGGAAGAGAAUCCGUGUUGGACAAAAUGGAGCCUUAUUCCUGUUUGCUGAUUGAAUUUGGGGCAAAAGAAUAUGGGGGAUUCAAAGCAAUUCGCUUUGUUCAUCAGCUUCUUGCCACAGAAUGUGUCAAACAACUAGAGGAGAACCAUAACUGCUCCAGAGCGGACAUAGUCUUUGACAUGUUGCAUUGCGAUGCCUUUUUCAAAACUUUUGCAGUGAAAGAUGUUUUUGUUCAAUCAAUGAAAAGCAUGCUGAUCACUCGUCAACGCAAGACAUGUGGUGAUGAGAAAGACACUCUGUUUUCACCACUGAUAGAAGACAUAAACUCAGGAGAAGGUGGUCUAAAUAAAACACAAGAGAUUUUUAUUGCAGCUUCGGAAAGGUUUGAAAAAGACUUUACAAUUCCUCAAGCUCUAUCAAGACACUUGUACCUGAAAGAGAGGAAAUUUGCUGAAGCUAAAAUGUGGGCAGACAGUGCGAAAGCCAUCAAAGAAAAUUCCUACACCGUAGAUACAGUUGGACAAGUUGCAAAAAGUGAAUUAAAACACAAACUUGAGUGUAAAAAGCAAGAAAAGAAACCAUGCACAGCUGAGGACAUGAUGGAAUAUCUUGAGUUAGCAAGCACAGCAACCAAAGCUUUCAGAAGAGCUCAAAGCCUGGCAAAGACAGAUGAUGCCCAAGAAAAUGAACAGGAACUUUACAGAAAGUUAAGCCCAUAUAAUAUAUCUGGCUACAUGGGUGAAAUUGACACAGCCAUGACUGUUUUUGACAUCAUCAGAAAACUGCCAUUGUUUGAGAAUGGUGAUCCAAUGAAAGAUCAUUACAUUCAGAGCUUUCUCAGAGGAAAUCUUCCCUGUGUAAAUAUCCCAGUUUCUAAAAACAAAUCCAAUCUUGAAAUUGUUGCUGUUCUUCAGGGCUAUGAAUCUUUCCUUACAUCUUUAAAAUCACAGGUGAAGGAGGCAUUUGACUUCCUGGAAAUUUACUUCACUUACUUGAAAGAAAAAGGAUCUGAUGACAUGAAAGAUGCAAAGAUUCGCAAGUGGAUCUCAGAACACUAUCAACAUUACAUCUCAUUAUUUUGCAGCUCUGUAGAGGACAAACAAAAAGAGCAAAAGCAGAAACCAACACUGAGUUUGAACAUGGAGAUUGAAGAGUGCCGAAUGUUCCUGGAGGAAAACAGGGCAGAUACGUUCCCAGGCCUUCUCCAAUUUUUGGAGCACAAUAAGGAUACAGUACAAAAGAUUGCUGAAAAAUACUCAUUCAUAUAUAAGAAUUCUCCCAUCAAAAGUACCAAGGACAAAACAAACCAUCUGCUUGCACAUAUAAUACUGAAGUUGAUUUGGCCGAAAUCAAAGUUAUCAAAAUCACUUGAGGACCUAAAUGAGCUUUUAAAAGACAUUCUGCAAGAUGUUGGUACACAGCACCCAUACCCAGAGCCUUUCUAUCUUGCCAUACUGUUGCUCUGGCCAGGCAGAAAUGUCAACAGUACUGGCAUUAAGAUGUACGUUGAUAAAAUCAGAAGCUCAGCAAGAAAGAAUCUCUCUCAUAUGUACAGAACAAGGACAACCAUCGCACACUUCUUCUUGGGAAAAUCUGAUGGAAUACAGAGGCUGGUGACGAAAGUUUCCCUUGACAGAUCCGAGAUCAUAGGUAGUGUGAAGAAUCGCAACAUGCUCUGGCAAACAGGAGAAAUCUUUAGGGAAAUCCCAAUAAACAGCAAGCUCCUCAGAGUAAGUGGAACUAUUGAGCAAGGUGAGGUCUUCACAGAGCAUGGACAUCUCAAGAUCCCUGUACGUCCUGCAUUUCUGGGUGGAGUGAGAAGCGGCUUCAGCACUGAGAAAGUGUCUUUCUACAUUGGCUUUGCCAUGGAUGGACCACUUGCUUAUGACAUUCAAUAUAAAGAUGACACAUAAUGUAUGGCAACUCUGUCUAAGAAAUCUGAUGUCCGUCAAGAUAUUGGACUGUGCCUUUGGUCUUAGUGACACCUGCCAAACACAGUAAGCCUACUUUUUUCCACAAAAAUGGUUCGCUCUCUUUUUGAUUAUUUUUUAACAUUAACCACACAUUUUGGAUGGAAUAAAAUGAAUAAGAUUUUUUCAUAUCCAAUGAAAAAAAUAAAAAAUUUACAGUUUAAAAUAAUCUCAAAUAAAUAUGUAUUUAUCUA